UAUCAAGUGUUGUUUACUCUUUGAAGUGCUGAUUCUGCUAAUGGAACUCGUUAGUGGAUUUAAAUAUAAAUUAAUUCUUGAAAAUGAGGAAAUAUUCACGCCAUGCAUUAAUAAGUUGCCCAACGUCGUGGAUCUUCCGGAAUUAUUCGAUAUUUCCGAAUUUCACACAAAGGAGGAUGGGGACGAGCUGACAGUAUCUGGAAAUAUGACGUCCAAAUGGAAUUACGAACCAACUGAUCGUAUCGAUGGGUUUGUAACAUUGUAUCGCUAUGAACGUAGAGAAUGGGUUGCUACCUUAUACAGCAUGACCGUCAAAGAUGUUUGCAGCGUCAUUUAUGAUGACAAGCAGUAUUGGUACGAAUUGUGGACAAAACACAUAAUCAGCUCAAAGAACGUGAGGGAAAACUGCCUUAUGAGUGGUGCAAAAUUCAUUUACGAACCGUUUGUUGUGGAUAUACAUAUAGACAUAAAAGCGGUUGUUCCUUUAGGGCGAAAUAAGUUUGUUAUCUACUUAAAAGCGUUCGAUAAAGACCUAAACGUACGCGAUCCAAUGCUAUGCCUUGAAAUUAUAGGUGAUGUAAUUCGUUUAUAAAUAAAAUCGUAAUAAAAUCAUUCAAUGUGGUCAGAUCGAUUUAUGUGUGAAAAAACUUCAUGUAUUGGAUAUAAUAACAAAUAAGUAGUCGAGUGUGCUCGAUUGUGACAUUUGGAAUCCAAUCAUAUUCUAAAAAUAUACCAAAAAUAUAAAAUUUAUCGAAGGCUAUAUUUGGUAUAUAUAUUUUAUUAUAAUACAAC